GAUUGGAAUGAAGACCACACCAACAAUGUCUCGAAACGCAGCGUAAAAAAAUCAGCAAAAAUCGGCGGAUCAAGAAUUCUAGAAUGCGACAUUGAUUACCCACAAGACAAAUAUGUUGACCAUAUAAUCCAAUGGAAGAAAGAAGGAAUUGAGGUGCCCAUCUUCAUAAAGUAUAAUGGUUAUGAGCCCCACAUAGACCCCCAUUAUUCUAGCAGGUUAGAGUUACUCUCCCAAGCUACGAUCGAAUUGAUGAACAUUCAGCAGUCAGAUGAGGGGUGGUAUGAGUGUAAGGUGACAUUCCUAGAUGGCGCCAAAGAGAAGGAGAACAACGGGACAUGGACGUAUCUUGCAGUUUACAGUAAGUAUUCAUUCUACAAGUGUCUUGCUUUAGUUAAUUUAGCAGAGUUCCUCUUCGAUCUUUUAGUCUUUAUCUAAUGUUUGGGAGAACAAACAAUACUCUCUUCAGAAGGUUACAAUAGAGCUGUGGAUACCACAAUGAAUUUCCCUAUAUUGUGCUCAUACAUUGCAGCAA